GAGCACGGGUAGUUGGAGAGGAGUGGGGACGCAGAGAAGGAGCGCAGGAAGAGGCCGGCGCCAUGGGGCUGGAAGAGGCGCGUGAGCUGGAGUGCGCGGCGCUGGGCGCGUUGCUGCGGGAGCCGCGGGAGGCCGAGCGCACACUGCUGCUCGACUGCCGCCCCUUCCUGGCCUUCUGCCGGCGCCACGUGCGCACCGCGCGGCCCGUGCCCUGGAACACCAUGCUGCGGCGCCGCGCACGCGGGCCUCCUGCCGCCGCCCUCGCCUGUCUGCUGCCGGAUCGCGCGCUGCGGGCGCGCCUGGCCCGCGGGGAGCUGGCGCGGGCCGUGGUGCUGGACCAGGCCAGUGCCUCGCUUGCCACGUUGCCACCCGAUUGCCCUGCCCGGGUGCUGCUGGCCGCGCUGCUGCACGAGACCCACGCCGGGCCCACCACUGUGUGCUUCCUUCGAGGAGGCUUCGAUGCCUUCCAGGCCUGCUGUCCCGACCUGUGCUCUGAGUCCGCCGCCCCAGCGACGCCUCCUGCUGGGGCAGAAAGCAACCGUUCAGACCCCAGGGUCCCCUUCUAUGACCAGGGUGGCCCUGUGGAGAUCUUGCCCUACCUCUUCCUGGGCAGCUGCAGCCACUCCUCCGAUCUGCAGGGGCUGCAGGCCUGCGGCAUCACCGCUGUCCUCAACGUCUCCGCCAGCUGCCCCAACCACUUUGAGGGCCUUCUGCGCUACAAGAGCAUCCCGGUGGAGGACAACCAGAUGGUGGAGAUCAGUGCCUGGUUUCAGGAGGCCAUAGGCUUCAUUGAUUCUGUGAAGAACAGUGGGGGCCGGGUGCUGGUGCACUGCCAGGCGGGUAUCUCCCGCUCUGCCACCAUCUGCCUGGCAUACCUGAUCCAGAGCCACCGUGUGCGGCUGGAUGAGGCCUUUGACUUUGUUAAGCAACGCCGGGGGGUCAUCUCCCCCAAUUUCAGUUUCAUGGGGCAGCUGCUACAGUUUGAGACUCAGGUGCUAUGCCACUGAAGGGCCACAGCUGUGGUUCCGGGGGAGCUGACCUGGGACAGCUAGGCCGCCUUGGGGGCCUCACAGCCCCCCUCACCGCAGGGAGAACCGCCCCUUCCUUGGAGUUUGGAAAGCUCCCGGUAGGGGCGCUGGAAGUACAGGAAUGCUGGACUCUUCACCUGGUGCUCUUCCGCUAGGGGUCUGAGGGCUGGCCCUCGUCUGGGGACAAGAGUGAGGGUUUGUCUACUUCCCUCCCUCCCCAUCCUCUGGCAGAAACUAACUGGACUUUACACCCAUGGAUCCAGUGGUCCCACCACUGUGUUGAAGCCCUUGGCAGCCCAAGAGCCCAAGGAACAAGCUGUGACAACCAGGAGCCCCAUCUGGGGGUGGCGCACCCCAGGGGCUGGAGCCUGAGCCCUGAGCUCCUAGGGAGCUGGGCUCAAGCACUGACGCGUCCCUCGUGUGGACCUCUUGCUUGCGUGUGUGUAUUGGAGCAUUUCACGCCGUGUUGGCGCUGGAAAGUUAUUUGUGUUCAACUGAUAUUUAACACCCCCUCCCCUACUUCCUCCCAGCCCUGUGGGCGGGGGUUGGAAACUUAGCACUUUAUAUUUAUACAGAACCUUGAAAAUGUG